AUGCAGCAUCCUCUGACGGGGGCCACCUGCGUGGCGCUCCCCAACGUGGGCAUGUGUCCCCAGCUCUCGUGUGCCUUGACUUUUAUGUACUUACAGCAGGGUAAUCAGGAAGCAGCAGCUGCCCCUGACACAAUGGCUCAGCCUUAUGCUUCGGCCCAGUUUGCCCCCCCUCAGAACGGCAUCCCCGCGGAAUACACGGCCCCUCACCCCCACCCCGCACCAGAGUACACGGGCCAGACCACCGUCCCGGAGCACACGUUAAACCUGUACCCUCCCGCGCAGUCACACUCGGAGCAGAGCGCAGCGGACACGAGCGCGCACACCGUCUCGGGCACGGCCACACAGACAGAUGACGCGGCGCCCACGGAUGGCCAGCCCCAGACACAGCCUUCGGAAAACACGGAAAACAAGUCCCAGCCCAAGAGGCUGCAUGUCUCCAACAUCCCCUUCCGGUUCCGGGAUCCGGACCUCCGACAAAUGUUUGGCCAAUUUGGUAAAAUCUUAGAUGUUGAAAUUAUUUUUAAUGAGCGAGGCUCAAAGGGAUUUGGUUUCGUAACUUUCGAAAAUAGUGCCGAUGCGGACAGGGCGAGGGAGAAAUUACACGGCACCGUGGUAGAGGGCCGUAAAAUCGAGGUAAAUAAUGCCACAGCACGUGUAAUGACAAAUAAAAAGACUGUCAACCCUUAUACAAAUGGCUGGAAAUUGAAUCCAGUUGUGGGUGCAGUGUACAGUCCUGAAUUCUAUGCAGGCACCGUGCUAUUGUGCCAGGCAAACCAGGAGGGAUCUUCUAUGUACAGUGCCCCCAGUUCACUUGUAUAUACUUCCGCAAUGCCCGGCUUCCCGUAUCCAGCCGCCACGGCGGCGGCCGCCUACCGAGGGGCGCACCUGCGCGGCCGUGGCCGCACCGUGUACAACACCUUCCGGGCCGCGGCGCCCCCGCCCCCGAUCCCGGCCUACGGCGGUGUUGUUUACCAGGAUGGAUUUUAUGGUGCAGACAUUUAUGGUGGUUAUGCUGCAUACCGCUACGCCCAGCCCACCCCUGCCACUGCUGCUGCCUACAGUGACAGAAAUCAGUUCGUCUUCGUUGCAGCAGAUGAAAUUUCUUGUAACACCUCUGCAGUUACGGACGAGUUUAUGCUACCGACCCCUACCACCACACACUUGCUCCAGCCCCCACCUACGGCGUUGGUGCCAUGCCCCAAGGUUCCAGCCCCACCACAGACCUCAGAGGAGCUAAGCUGCACAGUUCCAGGCCACUGCUGCCAGGCAGCUGAGAAUCUGCCUGCCUCUCCUCCCCUAUUACAAUUCAUGUUUAAAGUCAUAGUCGCCCAGGAAAGAAAAUAG